AUGAGAAAUCUUCAUGGCCAUGAUGAUGACGAUAGCUAUGCAGAGGGUGAUUAUUUUAACUGGACAACCAACCAUACUUUACCUGAAACUUACGGACUACAAGAAUAUUUACAGACCAUUAGCAUAGGAAUACUCUUUUUUAUGUCAUUGAUAGGCAAUUCAUUGGUUUUACGAUACAUUGUCAAGAAAAGGAAACUUCAUACAGCAACAUUUAUUCUAAUAGCAAACAACUGUGCAGUGGACUUGGCAAUAACAAUUUUCAUUAUGCCUAUGUGCUUUAUGGUUUCCAUUUUACGUGAUUGGCCUUUCAAUUAUGCAGCAUGCCAAUUUUUUGGAUUUAUAGAUAUGACACUUUACACCGGUUCCUUAAUGGCAUUAUCUGCAAUUAGUGUUAUACGCUAUUUUGCAAUAGUAUGUAUUCGAGAUAAAAAUUACCAUCUGAAAACCUCUAAGAAAACGGCCAUAACUAUGAUAUUUAUAUGCUGGUUCUAUUCACUUGCAUGGGGUAGUUUUCCAUUAAUGGGUUGGAAUCAUUACAUCUUCUUUAUUGAGAAAUUAAUGUGUAAUAUGAAUCAUCGAGAUCUAAAUCAUUAUACGACCGCUAGUACGAUAUGCACAACAUUAGUACCUUGCUUAGUGGUUAUCUAUUGCUCAUUCAGAAUUAUUCUAGCCAUACGCCAACAUAGCCAUCAUAAUCAUUUUCAUCAAACGCAGCAGCCUCUACAACGUUCUCGUGUUGAUCGCAAGGUAACUACGACUUUAAUUAUUGUCUUUAUAGCUUACUGCUCUUGCACGAUACCGCAGGUAGUUGUUGCUUCAAUUUAUAAAUGGGAUGAAGAUGAUACCAUGAAUCAACGUAUAUCUUAUAGAAACAUCAAAAUCAUGGCUACUAUUCUAUAUUUAAGUAAUUGCACCGUUAAUCCAAUCAUCUAUGGCGUAUGCAAUAAAAAUUUAAGGUCAGCCUUUCAUUUUCGUGGUUAUUUUGAUCGUUUCUUUGACGUUGAUGGCGUUUCACAAGGCCCAACAGCCAUGGGUCCGACUUCUAUUCAAGUCAAUGUUAAUGAAAGUCCUACUACAAGAUCUAGAAAAUCACCCAUUUCCCUCUCGAAAGUAAAAUGCUUUGAAACUAACUCAUCUAAGAAUUGGCAAGCUAAAACAUUGCAAAAUCAAUCUGGACUUAGACCAAUGUCAGCUAAGUUGGUCAAUAAAACAUCGCCAAUGGUGGCAAGAGCAAGAUUAUCCGAUGUAAGUUUAGUUUCUAUUGAAUCGACCCAAACAGCCAUAGAGCCAAUAUCGCCGUUAAAAUCGAAUCCCAACGUUAGGAAUUGGAAGAAUAAUACGGGCAUUGCAGUAACACAUCCAAGGAUUAAUCAUUUAAAAAAUCACGAUAUACACUAA